AUGGAAAAGCUAGUAUACUUUCCAUAUGAAGUUUUGGAGACUAUAUUCCAACAAAUAAAUCAUCACAUGGUAUUAAAUUUAAUGCCAUUACAUUCCAAAUUUUAUGAAAUUGGUCAAAAAAAGUUAUAUAAAUUUAUCCAUAUAUAUCUGAAUCGUUGCACGAAAGAAAGUUGGAGAUUUCAUAAAAAUAUAUCAAAUGAUUUUACUAAAAAAUUUACCGUGAUCUCAGCAUAUAAUUUUUACAUGAACUUGAUUGAAGGUAAAAUCAAUAGGUACCAAUAUAUUCAGCAUCUUAGGAUUGAAGACGCCCAUUGUAUAAGACAUUUUGAGAACAAUUCAUUCGACUAUGAAACAGCACCACCUGCAUUAUUGAAAGAAAUUGUUAAUUAUUUUAAAAAAAUCGAUUUUAUUAGUUUUGGAAAUUCAAACAACCAACUCGAACUAAAUGAUACAAAGAAUACGUAUAAUACUUUAGAAGGUAUAACUUUUGUGAUUAACAAGUAUUUAAAAGGGUUCUACAGAGAUGUAUUGUUCUUACACAAAAGGAAACGAAGGCCAUAUAGAUUCUUGUAUAAUAAUCUCAGAAGUUUAAAAUUCCAUUUUAAGCCAUCCCAUACAGCGAUACAAAAAUACAGAGAUGAUUAUGAUUUAGGUAAAAGUAUUGAUUUAUUCAACAAAAUCAAUGGUUUUAAAAAACUUGAGGAGUUAAAUCUUACUUUUCCAAUGCUAGUCGAUUUUACAGAUCCAACUUUACUUAAAAAAUUGAAUAGGAUAAAUUGCAAAUUAAAAAAACUUGAUUUGUUAUUUUGGGGUAAACUCAGAUUACUUGAAUGGGUUUUACCCAACCUGGAACCAAAAAAGUGGUUAUUUACGUUGGAGAAAUAUUUCCAUACGGAAGAGGUCACAUCAUUAACAUUAAUUCACUAUAAUAAUGAAUUUUUUGAUGAUAUUUUCCAAUAUGAUAAGUUUGAAUUUGUAGAGAUCUUAACCAAUGCAAAUCUACCAAAAUUGAGAAAUUUAUUAUUAUCGUCACAUCUACUAGAUUUGAAAUCUAUUGAUGUAUCGAAAUUACACAAAUUAAUAGUAUGUACAGGUAUUGCCAAUGACAAAUAUGCCAUUGAAAUUGCCAAACUUUAUUUCACGAAUCCAAGUUUGAAAGUAUGUUGGUGGCCCCGUUUUAUGGAUUUAGAUUCUCUUGAGGUAUUUUUCAAGUCAGGUAAUUUAAAUAUAUAUUCACCUGAGUAUUACCAAAUUAUAUCUUGUCAAUGGCCAUCAUACUUUUUUGAAAACACUGCCUUUACAAUUGAGACCAAGGACUUAACUUUCACUGAACAAGGUUUAUUGGACUUGAAUGAAAAUAAGAAGAUGAACAUAUCAUUGGAAUUUGAAUAUUCUUUGAAAGAAAUUCGUGACAUGAAAUUAGUGUGUAACUCCAUGAUUUGCGAGGAAGUUUUAAAAAUCAUAAGAGAACAUGAAUAG